AGCUCCCGCCCGCCAUACGUCUGUAUGCACACUCCACAGUACCGCACUUUACCUACAAAUCAACUCGCACCGCUGCAUAACCACGCUCAAACAUAGACACCCGCAAUAGCACCACAUGGCCUCCUCCGGUAGCUGGGCGCAGUUGCGACAGCAAGCUCGUUCGCUAGAAUCACAGACCGAGAACCUCUUCCAAACCUACUCGACCUUCACGACGUCUCCCUCGCCAAAGCCGUCGAAGGACGAGUCCGUGACCGAAGCGUCGCUAUCCGACAUCCUCUCGCGGCGCGAAGCGGUGGUCUCGUCGCUGUCGCGCCUCCUCGACUCCGAAUCCGCCGUCAACUCCUCCGCCGCCAAACUCCAAAACCUCACACUCCACCGGUCCACGCUCGCAGACCACCGACGAGAGUUCCUGCGACUGAAGUCCGCCAUCACCGAGUCGCGGAACCGUGCUAACCUCCUACACUCUGUCCGCGACGACAUAAAUGCGUACCGCUCCGCGUCGCGCAUGGAAGAUGGCCGCUCCGAAGCGGAGUAUAUGCUCGAGGAGAGGACCAGGAUAGACCAUUCGAACAAUAUCGCAGACUCCGUGCUGGGACAGGCGUAUGCGAUUAAUGCGGACUUUGCCGAGCAGCGGACGAGACUCGUGCAGUUGAACAGGAGGGCCAUGUAUGCCGCUAGUCAGAUUCCCGGCGUGAACACUAUCAUCUCCAAGAUUAAUACGAGGAAGAGGAGGGAUAGCGUUAUCAUGGCUUCGUUGGUGGCAUUCUGCUUCUUGAUGGUGUUAUACUUUCGGUAGAGAUGUAAGGUGUGUAUGGAGUGUGGGUACAUUUGAUUUGGCUUGGUAUUAUCUUGUUGUCAGCCGGGCAUUUUGAGUUCCUCCUUGUAGUAUUGAUUGAUCGAAUAGUGUUGUAUUACUGUUUCGGCGUUUGCUUGCUUGCUUGGUGCUUUGCUGUAUGGUGUACGA